AUGACUUCAGCGAUGAGAAUGUUGUCAUAUGGUGUUGCAGCAGAUGCAAUUGAUGAUUAUAUGCGUAUCGGGGAAAGCACUGCAAUUCAAAGUUUGCAACAAUUUUGUAAUUCAGUGAUUGAAAUCUUUGGACUAGAAUAUCUGAGAUCUUCAACACCAACUGAUAUUGCUAGAUUACUUGCUAUUGGGGAGGUUCGGGGCUUACACAAUGACUUGAAUGUGUUGGACCGAUCGCCUUUGUUUUCUGAUCUUACUCAAGGUAAAGCUCCCCCUGUCCAUUACACUAUUAAUGGACAUAGUUACGAUAUGGGUUAUUACCUUGCUGAUGAUAUAUACCCUCAAUGGGCAAUACUGGUUCAAACAAUUUCUUCUCCCCAAAGAGCAAAGAAACAACAUUUUACAAUGGUGCAAGAGUCUGCCAGGAAAGAUGUAGAGCGGGCAUUCGGAGUGCUUCAAUCUCGAUUCGCAAUUAUAGGUGGUGCUAAUCAGCAAGGCAAACCAUCUGAAUCAACAAAGCCAACAUCAGCAGAACAACAAGGCAGCAUCAAAACAGAGGAAGAAGAUGGAAAUUUUACUCUUUUGUCGUAUGUGAAAAGAAAGGGUAUACAGUUUGAUAUUCCUACUUUGGCAAGCAUUAUUGGAGUUAAGGUAGGUGAUGAAAAUAUCCAUUUUCAGAGUGAGGCUGAGUUAGUUAAUAUUGUUGAUGAAAUGGAGAUCAAAAUAUGUUCACCCAUUAAUCAGUAUACAGUGACCCGUGCUGGUGGAGCCUCCAAUUUAAUGGGAAGUGUUAAUGCUCCAGAAGAUUCAGAAGAUGAAGUCCCACCAGAUGAUGCUCCAAAAGAUCCUCCUGCCAAUGUGAUGCCAUCAACUGAACAACCUCAAUAUUAG